GUCAGCCAAUCAGCAUUCAGGGCUGGAACCACACAGUUAAUAACUACAAAUAUGCUACCUCCCCAGAAAUGUCUCUGUGCGUCUUGUCUCUCCACUUAACGUUAAGUCACACCAGACAACUGAAACUGUGUUGAGGUGAUUGAAAAUGCCAUCCAUCUCUGCCGAUGUGUGGUUUGUGGUGUGCAUUGUUAAAUAAAGGUUAAAGAAAAAAAGAAAACAAUUAAUUGUUGGAAAAGACUGUGUGGGAACUAUUUAGAUGUAACACAGGAAGCAAACGUGUAUUUCCAGAUUUUUGCUCCCUAUCCUUUUAUGUAGGUCUAUGGUGCUUUCAAGACAACUUGGGAACUCGGAUAAAAACGAGGUCGAAUCAUGACGUCAGCGAACUUCAUGUCGGAGCUCUAGAAAGAGGCCCGGGUUCCCGAAUUGGAAUUCCGGGUGGAUGACUGUUGAAAACUAAUUUUACCAGUCGGGGGUCGUUAUUUUUCCUAGUUCCUAGUUGUUUUGAGUGCACAGAACUCGGAAAUCUGGUAUUUCCCAGUUGUUUUGAACGCAGCAUUGCUAGGCUGGCAGUCUUCAGAUGUGACCGUCACGAGACAAUUCGAAUUGAGCUGAAAGUAUUUGCACAACGGAUUAAGAUGUCGAAUAAAUAACAUGUGGACUCCAAAAGGUCACCACGCCUUCAGCUGAGGACAUUGCUUUUUGUAGCGUGGGUGUUGGGCUACAUCGCCUUUCUGCUCGCUACUAGAAAGAUGUGGACAGGGAAAUACGUGCGCAGUCCACUCGCUCGUUCACUUUUCAUGAACAUGAUAAGCGAAAGCGAAGAAGCCGGACAAGAAACCCAGGAGUGGUACAAGUGCUCUCCAGACUUGUUGGGGGAGGUGGUUAGACCUCUGUUUGUGCAGAGCCAUCUGGACCAGGACACCCAGGCUUUUCUGAGACGCAGCAUAGAAAAGUCUGGCUGGAUGUUCACCCAGUUCUACCACUCCUUCAUCUCCACUGUCCUCAGCCCCAUGGUGUCACGCACAUCCAUCAAUGGGUUCCUAGGUCGUGGCUCUAUGUUUGUGUUCUCUGCGGAUCAGCUCCAGCAGCUGCUUCGCGUCGAUCCCGAGUGGCGAGGGGAGAGACUGCUGGAUCUAGGGGCCGGGGAUGGGGGUGUCACUGAGGUGAUGGGAGCCCACUUCAGAGAGGUCUACGCCACUGAGGUUUCUCCUCCCAUGAAGUGGCACCUCCAGAGGAAGAAGUACAGGCUUUUAGGCAUUGAUGAAUGGCAGCAUACUGGGUUCCAGUAUGACCUGAUCAGCUGUCUGAACCUGCUGGACCGCUGUGACGACCCCCUGGAUCUCCUCAGGAGCAUCCACCGCUCGCUGGUGCCCAUCACGGGAAGACUCAUCCUGGCCGCUGUCCUGCCCUUCCAGCCCUGGGUGGAGAUAGGUGGGAAGUGGCAGCGCCCUAGAGAGCACAUCAAAGUGAAGGGGAAGAAAUGGGAGGAGCAAGUCACUAACCUGUCCAAUGAGGUGUUCCGGGAAGUGGGGUUUGAGGUGGAGGCAGUGACUCGGCUGCCGUACCUGUGUGAGGGAGACAUGUACAAAGAUUACUAUGUACUGGAUGAUGCUGUCUUCGUCCUGAAACCUGUGGAGGAGUGAAGUCAGUUACUGUAUCUUGGGGUGCAUCUCAAUUAUCCAAAUUUGCAUCCUUGUCUCCUUCCUUCAUCUGYAUUAUCUUAAAACAACCAACCGUCCUUCCAACGGGACUGAACAAUAGAUAAUGGCUGGUUCCACAGUGUAGGCUGACUGACUGAUCUACAAAUGAUUUAGCACCAUAAAUAACAACUCGUUUAUUAUUUUUAGAUCGUUCGGUCAGUCACCAUUUACCCAUAAUGCAUCAUGGAUUUGAUGCUCUCAAACAGGGCCAAAGUCCUCUAGAGGCCUAAAGGCUGUAUUAGCAUGGGCAGCGCCAUUUAGUGCUUCCACCAUUUUAAUGUAGUCAACUGGGUGGGACUUCCAACUUAUUUGGCUGAUUUCUAUUGGUGACCCUGUUGGAGUCAUGCCCAACCGGGUCGUCAGUAGGGAUCAAACAAUCGUGAAGAAAAUUGACAUUGCCUCAAUGCUGCAGUCACAGCUGCUAUAAUAGCACAGAUACCCAUCCUUUGUUUUCAGAUGAGUGCAGACCGAGGAGAGGAAGCAACUUUAGACUAUUGAGAUGCAUCAGCUGACCUUUCCUAGAGCAUCUGUGUACAGUAGAUACAGUAGAAAGCUAUCUGACUGGCUGCUGGAUUUGUAUUGAAUUAGUGGAGGUUAAGUAAGAUUUUAUUAAUUACAUUGAGAGUAUUUCUCAUUUACAUUACCACUUUAUCUCUUUAAAGUCAGCUGGGGAAUCCUGGUUUGAAACUCGGGUAGCUUCACUGUUUACCAACUGUCGUGUCAUACUGUGUCAUACCUCUACAUUCUAAGCAACAAAAAAAACACAAAAUGGAUAUUUGCCAUUUGAAUAUAAUAACCUGAUUGGACUAUAAAACACAACUCUGUAAAUGAUAGGGAGGGAGGAUCUCAUCUUCUGUGCCAACAUAUCACUGUGGAAAUGGUCUGUUCUUGGUUGAAGUAUAGUGAUGUAAACGUAUUGUCUUAUUCUGGGUUAGUUGGUCAUUUCUCCAACAAUAACAUUGUGAUACUGUACAUAUGAACCGGUUGAUCUAAUUGAUUUAGUCAAGCACAGAUGGAGGGAAUUCCUUCCCACCAGUCUAUUUGUCUUCAGGUUUAAUUAUAAGCACACUGUUUCUAACUGUUGUAUCAUCAACUGGGCAGUAACGUUCUGUUACAAUGAUAUCUGGAUUGAUUAUUUAUAGCAAUGUGAGGCCUUGUCAGUGAAUAUCUCCCAUCUACAGUUUUAUAGGCAGCAGAACAAGUUUACUUUAAUGUUCCAGUCAGUGUAUUUUACGUAAAGUAAUAUCACCUCAACAAUAAAAAUAUUUUUUCUGUGA